AUGGGGAACUGCUUUUCGGACGUGGAAGGAGGAAAGCAAGCCGUGGGUGGGGUCCAACAGAGCCCCACAGCUACCAACAACAACAAUGCCGGCCACAACGACGCCGUUGACUUCUUCUACAGGUCUCGGGGGCUCCAGCAACUCUUCACCCGAGUCGAGGUAGUGACAGCCAUUCUAACGCCUUUAUCCCUAUCAGCAUUGAACUUGCGAGAUCGUGACAUCAUUUCAAAGAGUGAUCCCAUGGCAGUGGUUUAUGCGAAGAAAAUAGAUGGAAAACUAGAGGAGUUAGGCCGCACUGAGGUUAUAAUGAAUAGCUUGAAUCCCAAGUGGAUAGAAAAAGUUACAAUUGCAUUCCAGUUCGAGAUUGUACAGCCAUUGGUAUUCCAUGUCUAUGAUGUUGAUACCAAAUAUCACAAUAUACCUGUGAAGACGCUGAAAUUGGAGGAUCAAGAUUUUCUUGGAGAGGCCAUGUGUGUUCUAUCAGAGGUACUUACCAAACAAAAUCGGAGUUUAACCCUUAAUCUUCAUAGUAAAAUUGGGCAUGUGGGUUUGAGGAACUUAGGGGUACUCACCAUCCAUGCAGAGGAAACAGCUGCUUCAAGGAGGGUUGUUGAGAUGAUACUCCAUUGUUCUUACUUGGAUAACAAGGACAUAUUUUCGAAUAGUAACCCUUUUCUAAGAAUAUCUAGAAUUGUUGAGAGUGGAGGCUCAAUUCCAAUAUGCAAGACUGAAGUGGUGAACAACAAUUUAAAUCCAACAUGGAAACCCCUAUGCCUGAGUAUGCAGCAGUUUGGAAGUAAGGAUAACCCAUUGAUUAUCGAGUGCUUUGAUUUCAACAGCAGUGGCAAACAUUCGCUUAUUGGUAAACUUCAGAAGUCAGUGGCCGACCUGGAAAAACUUCAUGAAGGUAGAAGUGGUGCAAAUCUUACUAUAACAUCUCAUCAUGGUCACAAGAAGGUUUUGAAGGGAGAGCUGUUUGUGGAUCAGUUUUGUGAGAAGGAACAAUACAGCUUUCUUGAUUACGUUUCUUGUGGAUUUGAGCUCAACUUUAUGGUUGCGGUUGAUUUUACAGCCUCAAAUGGAAAUCCUCGGAACCCAGAUUCUUUACACUACAUUGAUCCUUCCGGCCAGUUGAAUUCUUAUCAGAAGGCUAUAAUGGAGGUUGGGGAGGUCACUCAGUUUUAUGAUUCUGAUAGGCGCUUUCCUGCAUGGGGCUUUGGUGGAAAAACAUUUGAUGGAACAAUCUCACACUGCUUCAACCUGAAUGGAAGCGCAGGUAGCUUUGAGGUCGAAGGAGUUGAAGGCAUCAUGUCUGCUUAUGCAAGUGCUCUACAUAAUGUUACUCUGGCUGGACCAACGUUGUUUGGCCAAGUGAUUAAAACAGCUGCUCAAAUUGCAAGCCAAUCCGUUUCAUACAACAGCAAAAAGUACUUCGUUUUGCUCAUUAUUACGGAUGGAGUCCUUACAGACCUUCAAGAAACGAAAGACGCUUUGGUGAAGGCAUCUGAUCUUCCACUAUCAAUUCUUAUAGUGGGAGUGGGAAGCGCAGAUUUUGGACAAAUGGAGGUCCUUGAUGCUGAUAAAGGACAACGAUUAGAGAGCUCUACAGAUCGUGUUGCCACACGUGACAUUGUACAGUUUGUUCCAAUGCGAGAUGUUCAUGCUGUUCUGUUUUUGCUUGAACUCCAUUUUACAUCCAACUAUAACAUAGUUGUGGUAUGUGCAGGUGGGCAGAUUUCUGUGGUCCAGGCUCUUUUGGAAGAGCUACCAGGACAGUUCUUGACGUACAUGCGGUGCAGAGAUAUCAAGCCACGCCCUCUCCAUGAAGCCCAAGCGUCUGGUACUUAA